AUGAAGCUCAACAACGAGACGGUCACGAUCGAGCUCAAAAAUGGGACAUCAGUCUCGGGUACCAUCACCUCUGUCGACCCUCAAAUGAACACUCAUCUUAAAUCCGUCAAACUUACCCUCCGUUCUCAACCCGUAUUAUCACUCGACUCAAUCGCCAUCCGAGGCAACAAUGUGCGGUAUUUCAUCUUACCUGAUUCAUUACCUUUAGAUACGUUGUUAGUGGAUGACAUGCCAAAGGCAAAGAAAAGGAAAGAAGGAGCAGUUUCUGCUGCUGCUAGGGGUGCAAGAGGUGGUGGUGGUGGAAGAGGCGGUCCAAGAGGUAGAGGAAGAGGAUUCUAA